AUGAGUUAAUUGGUUUCUUGUAGCAAAAGCAUUCUCAUACAUGAUUAAUCUAUGGACCCUAUUUUAAGAAUAAACCCACAUAAAUCUAGCAUUAAUUGUUGCAUUUGGAAUCACAAUAGUAUUUGAAAUUUUAAAUUUAAUAGGUUGUGUUAUUGCGAGUUGUGGAAAUGAUGGAGUUAUAGUUUUAAGUAGAGCUACAGAUGGUGAAUCCUUAUUACCUUUGGAACAUAAUGGAAAGGCUAUUAAUGCAAUUUCAUUUACAUCAAAUAGUUAAUAUUUAGCAAGUGGAGGUCAUGAUUCAAUUGUGCGGGUAUGGGAUUUGAAAAAGAAAUCUAUUCAAAGUCAUCUAAAAGGACAUUAUUCUUAAAUUAAUUCAUUACAUUGGAAUUCUGCAGACACACUUAUUGCAAGUGCCUCUAAUGUAGGUGAUAUUCUUGUUCAUGAUGUAAAUACACAGAUUGCAGUAUCUACUUUCAAUUUAAAAGGAUCAAAAACACCUGGAUUUAAGGCAGUUAAAUUUAUGAGCAAAAAUCUCUUAUGUUCAGGUAGUAAUGAUGGAUCUGUGACAAUCUUUGAUCUAAAUAAGAAUGAAUAUUAAUGCAAUUUCUCAUCUUAACAUACUAGCAAAGUUACAGGACUAGGUGUUACUUAAUCAUUAGUAUGUAGUGUUGGAACUGAUCAAAAAUGUUAUCUUUAUAGUAUUGUUGAUAAAAAGGUUACACAUACAAUAGCUUGUGAAAAUCCAUUGAAUUCUGUUGCUAUAUAAAAUGAUGAUUAUUCUGUUACUGUGGGUACUCUGUAUGGAUAAAUAUAUGUUUAUGAUAUAAGAAUGACUUAGAAACCUAAAUUGUAGUUUAGAGGACAUGACAACUCUAGUGUUAACUAUAUGGAAUAUUAAAAUAUUGAAUCAUAAUCUCAAUAACCUCCUCCAUCAUAAAGAUUAUUAAAUGAUAGCAAUUUGAGUGUUUAAUCAUAAUUAAAACCUAAUCAAACCAAAUCUCCAUUGAUAUUAGAAAUAAAGAAAGAUAGUACUAAAGAUUUGAGUACUUUAAGUAAUAAAGAAUCAAUGAUUAAAAUUGAAUAAUAAAAGCAAAUGUAAUAUGAUUAAUGUAAACUAAAUCCAAUUUAUUUAGGUAAUAGUUCAAUCUCGUGUGUAAUCAAGUUAGUAAUCUAAAUUUGAUUAAUCUACUAGUAAAAUUGAGGAUAUUUCUAGAAAAUAUGAAGUUAGUAGAGUAAUUGGAGGAUAAAAUGAGUAUUUAUUUUUUUUAUUAUUAUCUUUAGCUUUACUGAUGAGUAAAAAAAAUAUAUUCAACAAUAGAUUAAUGAUUAAACAUAUCAAUUAAAAAAGAUUGUUUAAGAUAGUGUUAGUUCUAUGCAUGUUGAUAUGAUUAGAUAAUUUUAAAUUUAACAAAAUGAAAUGUAAUAACUCUUGGAUCAAUAUAUGAAAGAACAAAGUAAUCUAGUUUAGAGAAUCUCAUAAUUAGAAUAAGAGAAUCAGUAAUUAAAAAGAUAAUCGUAUUGAAAUAAAUUAAUAAUUUAUGUUAUAAGUUUAUCUUGUUAGAUAUGAUUGUUUUAAAAUUCAAUAACUCAUUCCAAAUAGAAUCUUUUGCAUUCUAUUUUAUACUAUAUGUGUUAUUGAUUUAAUACUACUUCUAUUUUCAUGUUCCUUUUUUAUUUUACCAUACUAAUAACAAGACAUUGAAUAGCAAUUUAUAAUUGAAAAAGUAAUUUGUAACUAUUUUAUUUAGUAAACUACUGAUUGGAACCUUAAUUUAUAUUAAACAGAAUUUAGACAAUAUCCUAUCAUAGGAAAACUCAAUAAUUAACAAUUUCCUUUUGAAAUAAAUCAUUAUCAUAAUACUCUCAAUAACAACACUUCAACGUACUUCUAGAAAACUAAUUUUCAUGAAUAUUUUGGCUAUAUAGAUUAUUAAUUAGCUAAUUUGAUGCUACCUAAAGUUCAUUGCCUCUUAUUUUAGAUUUCAAAACGAUAAACUUAAAAAAUUAUAAAAAAUUUGCCGCAAUGUAAUAAAUCAAUUGGCAUACCUAUCACUCCUUGGUUUUGGAAGGGUGACUAAAUAUAUUAUUUGACUGAAAUAUGUUUCAAAAUCUCUAUCAAAGGAGAUAAAUUAUAUUUUGAAGGAGGGUGUUUUAAAGAUGGCUUCAUUUAUAAAAAACUAUCAACUCAUGAAACAAUAAAUUUUGAAAAUUUAUCAUUGUACCUUACACAUGUUGAUGAUCUAUACAUCAAUGGACUUACAUUUUCUGGAAAAACCCAAAUAUCACUUAUACCAUCAUUAUAUUUAACUUUAAUAUAUUAUUCCUUCUUAUUUGGCUUUUCAGGUACCAUAUACAUGAUAUUAAUUUAUUUUAUUUUAUCAAUAAGAAAAAGGAGUGAAAAUUAAUAUGUAUGA